AUGAUGGAAAUUAAAAUUGUGGGCGUGGUCGGGUGCGGCCAGAUGGGCUCCGGAAUCGCGCAGCUCGCCGCCGUGAACGGCCUUGAGAUCUGGCUUCACGACUCCGACUCGGCGGCUCUGUCUAAAGCCCAUAAAUCAAUCUCUUCAAGAAUCCAGAGCAUGAUCUCCAAAGGACAACUCGACAAGGGCAAAGGCGCUGAAGCUCUAAGGAAUUUGAACUUUACUGCAAAUUUGGAAGAUUUUAGGUCUGUGGACAUUGUAAUUGAGGCAAUUGUGGAGUCCGAGGAGGUUAAAAGAGAGCUGUUUGCUCGAUUAGAUAAGGUGGUAAAAAGUUCUGCAAUCUUGGCAUCCAAUACAAGUUCAAUCCCGAUAACACGUUUAGGCUCUGCAACUAGCCGGCCGGCCCAGGUGAUAGGAAUGCAUUUCAUGAAUCCUCCACCAGUAAUGAAACUGGUUGAGAUUAUCCGAGGUGUUAACACAUCGGAUGAUACAUUUAAUGCCACAAAAUUAUUGGCAGAGAGGUUGGGCAAGAAGAUUGUUUGCUCUCAUGACUUCCCGGGCUUCAUCGUGAAUCGUAUCUUAAUGCCGAUGAUAAACGAGGCAUUCCAUGCUCUCUACACAGGGGUGGCCACAAAGGAAGACAUAGAUGCCGGAAUGAAAUUUGGGACCAACCACCCAAUGGGUCCACUUGAACUUGCAGAUCAUAUUGGGCUCGACGUGUGCCUGUCCAUCAUGAGAGUCCUUCACACGGGCCUUGGGGACAGUAAGUAUGCUCCAUGCCCGUUGCUCGUGCAGUACGUGGACGCGGGCCGGCUUGGUAGGAAAAAAGGUUUUGGUGUGUACAAUUACAGUAAAAUGUGA